AUGUUUAUUACACGCAGAUUUUUAAACUUUAUUCAACGAGCAUAUGGCAAUGAAAUGGAACUCAAACUCAUUGCUUCAAUUGCUAGUUUAGCAAUAGCUUCUGAAAUAACAUAUAAAAAUCGUCAUCGAGAAAUAUUAAUAUGUUUAACUAGUGGCUUAUUAACUUAUCUUCUCAUUUAUUUGUGUUUUCUACCACUUUUUCUUAUAUAUCUACGGCCUGUACUAAGAAAAUUAAUGCAAUUAUGGUUUUCUUCUUUCAAUCUAUUUUCUGAUAAUAUUCUUCGACUAUAUAGCAAAAAAUUACAUCAAAUCUUACCAUCGACUUGGACAUUCGAAUUAGAAGAUAAAGCAUGGCCUGUUACAAGUAUUCAGUUUACAAUAAAAAUUAUUUCACUUAGUACAGUAAUUGUUUUCUGUCUUAACAUUCAUUCAUAUCUAGUUUUUGGUACGAUUUUUAAUGUAUAUAUUACAAUAUUUAUAAUAUUAGUUGUUGUAAGAACAUUAUGGAUAUUUUUUGAUGCGAUUGAUCUUAAUCUUUAUCCAUUUAUAUUUAUUAUUACUAUUUUACAUUAUAUAACACCAUUAAAAUCUUUACUUUAUAUUCCUACAAUACUAUGGAUAACAAUAUAUCUAUAUCCACGUUUACAUCGAAUUUUAAUUGGUGGUUGUAUCGAACAUUUUAUUAAUGAAAUUCAAUUGAUGAAUUUCCGAACAUAUUUAGAAUUAGAUAAUGCAUAUAAACAAUUUUCUGCUGAAAUUAUCAAUUUAUUUAUAACAAUUUGUUUAAUAUAUCGUAUUUUUUUUAUUUGUUUAACAAAUAAUCUGUCCUGGACAUUGACAAUAUCCAUUGUUAGUUUUUUAUCAAUUUGUAUUUAUACAAAUUUAAUAUGUCUAAUAUCAAUACUGCCAAAUUUAAUCAUGUUUAUGUUUUCAUCGAUAAUAAUAAGCGAAUAUAUUUUGUAUGGAAAUUUUAGUUAUAGAUAUUUUCCAUUAACUAUAAUAUUGAUAUUUUAUUUCAUUUUUAUUUAUCCAUUACUCUAUAUUACAUUUCGUCGUUCAACAAUCAAAUUAUCAAAUUCAAUAGGAUUAAAAUUAAAAUUAAUUCGUGAAUAUAUACAUGAAAAAAGUUUACAACGUUUUCAUAAAUAUAAUUCAUCUGAACAAUAUCCAUCAUAUUCAUUCUAUAUUACAAACAUUCUUUAUCAAUUGCUAAUAUAUAUAUUUAACAUUAUCUUCAGAUUAUUUCAUGUUUUAUUUAGAUAUCGAUGA